CGCGUCAAAGAACCCAACCACGCUUUUCUUUUUCAAAUCUAGGGCCUUUCGCAGCUCUCGGGUUGCCCAUGUAUCCACACACUCGCUAUUGUGUCUGAAGAAUGAUGCUGACGAGCUGCCGUCUUGGGCGCUUCACUUCCGCCUUCUUGAACCGGCCUUGAUUCGAUAGACACUUCAGAGCUCAACUUCCUUGCGCAAACCACAGUUCCAAUCCAUCACCAUGGCGCUCUCCCCAAUAGACAGUCCGAAACCUGUACCUGCUGCCGCCAAAGCCCUUCCAGCAAAGGCAAAGGCCCUCACUAUCCUGAAUGCCUCCACUAGUUCUCCCUCCAAUGCCUCGACACCAAGUAGCGAGGGCCCUCAAGACCUCUCCGAACAGCUGAAUGAGCAAGUUAGACGUAAUUAUGUGACAGGCUCCCGCCUUGGUGAAGGUACAUACGCCAUUGUCUACUCAGGCCACCUCCGCCACGACCCGACCUCCCUGGUAGCUAUCAAAAAGCUUAAAGUCAACAAAGAUUACCUUGAUGGCCUGGCCCCGGACGCCUUCCGCGAAGUACGAGCUCUUCAAGAGCUCUCACAUCCCAAUAUCAUAAAACUCUACGCCGUCUUUUCCACCCGGGAUCAGAAUCUCAACAUAGUGCUCGAGCAUCUCCCUCGUGGCGAUAUCGAGGGCCUCAUGCAGAACAAGAGUGUCUCAUAUGGCCCCGCGGACGUCAAAGCGUGGGCGAACAUGCUCGCGAAAGCUGUGUGGUUCUGUCACGAGAACUCCAUUCUGCACCGGGAUAUCAAGGGUAACAAUUUGUUAAUCGCAGCAGACGGCGAGGUCAAAUUAGCCGAUUUCGGUCUCGCGAGGACAUUUUCAGAUCCGUAUAGGCCUAUGACAUAUAAUGUCAUUACUCGCUUUUACCGACCGCCAGAGCUCUUGUAUGGCGCGAGGUACUAUGGAGGCGCGGUGGAUGUGUGGAGUAUGGGGUGCGUAAUUGCAGAACUCGUACUUCGUCACUUCUUUCUCGUUUCCAACACGGAUAUUGAGCAGAUCGAUGCGAUCACCGAUGUGUUCGGGUCCUGUACCGAAGACGUCUGGCCCGGGGUGAGCCGAUUGGAUCACUACAUCCCUCCGGCAAAAGACAACAUCAAGCGACCGAAACCGAUGAUAUAUUGGAAGCAACAUUUUGGGAUGCUGGGAGAUGAUGGGAUAGAGUAUUUGAAGAGCAUGUUCGUACUGGAUCCGAGGAAGAGGGCGACGGCGAGGCAGGUGCUUGACCAUCCAUAUUGGACAAAUAACCCGAAGCCGACUCCGAAAGAGCUCUUGCCUCAAGCGGCUGGUGGGGUAGAGAAGAUGGCGGAGGAUCUAAAGCGGAGGGGCGGCGAGAUCGAGGAGGGGGACGGAAGAGCGGAUAAAGUGGCAAGGAAGCUGAACUUUGCGGACUUGAAGAGAUGAAUUCGACGAUGGAUGGGCGACUUUUCCAUGCUUUGCCCAAUGGCCUCCGACGACAGCCCCGUAUUCUCCAUAUGACGCUCAUAGAGACAUCGAGAUAUGCACCACUCUAUCUAGACAAUAGAUAAAUUUGCCCUGAAUUCCAGGGCUCUAUUAGCUCUUUGACGAAG